AUGGAUACUGCAGCUAGGCAACUCGAGGCUGAAGUCAAUCGACUCCAUCACGAGCUUCAAACCCUGAAAGUACAAUAUCAGAGCGAUGACGACGAGCUUAUCACUAUCUCUGAGUACAUUUUGAAGAGAUUGGAACAGCUCAACGUGACGUCCAUUUUCGGAGUGCCGGGAGAUUUCAACAUGCCUUUCCUGGACUUCAUUGAAGACCAUCCCACGAUCAAGUGGAUUGGGAAUUGCAACGAGUUGAAUGCAGCUUAUGCAGCCGAUGGCUACGCCCGCGUGAAAGAGCACAGCAUAGGCGUGGUUGUGACAACGUUCGGCGUUGGCGAAUUAAGUGCCAUCAACGGGAUUGCCGGCGCGUUCUCUGAAAUGGUCCCUGUCCUUCAUAUCGUCGGAGUGCCUAGCACUACGCAGUUGAAGAAUAAGCCCAUGCUUCAUCACACACUUGGCAAUGGGAGAUUCGACGCAUAUACUAAAGCUGCGGAACAGAUCACCAUUGCUCAGGCCAUGAUUAUGAAUAAAACACACGCUGCCGCCGAAAUCGAUCGAAUCCUCACUGAGUGUAUUACCCAAGCUCGCCCCGUUUACCUCACACUUCCGAUGGACCUUACCACUGAAAAAAUCCCUGCCAAGCGUUUGAAGGUAGAGCUUUCGCGCACCCCUCCUCUCAACGACGCAGACGUCGAGAAUUAUGUUCUCGACGAGAUUAUGGAGCUCGUGGAUGAUGCUAAACAAGACAUCGUUGUUCUCGUCGAUGCUUGCGCUGUUCGUCACGACAUGCGCCAGGAAGUCAACGACCUUCUCGCCAAGACACAGUUCCCUGUAUAUGCAACACCAAUGGGUAAGACGGCAGUGAACGAGGAGCAUGAACGAUACGGCGGUAUUUACAUCGGCUCGAUCACGCAUCCGUCCAUCAAGGAGAGGGUCGAAAACGCAAAGCUUAUUCUCUCAAUUGGCGCCUUGAAGUCAGAUUUCAACACGGGAAUGUUCACGUAUCAUAUUCCGGCGACGCACACCAUUGAGUUACACUCCGACCAUACACUUGUUCGCCACGCAAAAUUCCCGGGUAUAGGAAUGAAGUUGCUUCUCCCGAAGCUCACGGAGAGGCUGAGUAAAUAUAAGGAGGGUGCAUCACGGAUCCCUCUUCCGCGCUAUAAGCUAGAUGUUCCAGAUGAGAGUGACGAUAAGAUUUCUCAUGCUUAUUUCUGGCCUCGGGUGGGAAAAUUCUUCCGGAAGCAGGAUGUCAUCGUUGCUGAGACUGGCACUUCAAACUUUGGAGUUUUGGACGUUCCUAUGCCUGACCAGUCCAUUUUCGUCAGUCAGAUCUUGUAUGGAAGCAUUGGAUGGGCAACCGCUAGUACACUCGGUGCAGCUCUCGCAGCCCGCGACAAAUGUCUUGGACGCACCAUCUUAUUCACUGGCGAUGGUAGCAUGCAACUGACUGUGCAAGAGAUUUCAACCAUGACUCACCAUAAGUUGACGCCAAUCAUCUUCGUGCUGAAUAACAAGGGCUACAAUAUCGAGAGGCACUUGCACGGCUUGAAUAGGAAGUACAACGACAUCGUAGACUGGAAAUGGACUUCGCUUCUCACUACUCUCGGUGAUAUCGAUGGUAAGAUGUCAAACUCGUAUACGGUCCGCAGCAAGUCAGAGCUCAACAAACUUCUUGACGAUAACGAAUUCGCGAGUGCGCAGAAGAUACAGUUGGUCGAAGUAAUCAUGGACAAGUACGACACACCCCGUGCGUUGCAAGCAUCUGCGGACUUGACUGCGAAGAUUGCGGCGGGGCAAGUCUGA